AUGUCACAGAGCCACGCAUCCCAAUUCUCCGAUAACUAUCCCUCAUCCAUCUUUGAAGAUAACCCUGUGGAUGCACUCUCCUUCCUUACAUCUGAUGGGCCGUUUAACCUAGACGGACACGAAACACCAACCUCUACUCCAAGUGUGACUUUCACACGGCCAGUAGUACCUAUCCUGAUUCCAGAAACCCUUGAGCGUGUUGGGCCAUGUGGCGGGAAGAAGUAUAUCCUUUGGACAGAGAUGUUUAACGAAGAUUUUGUCGCCUGGUGGUUAAAAACUGAGUACGGAAGUGCAACAAAACGAAAUAUCUUUGAGGGUAAACGACAGGCAGGCUCUUGGGAGCACUUCCACCAGGUUGCUACGAUCUCUGAUGGAUCCCCUAAGGUGAUGUGUAAGCAGUGUGAUCAUAUCCUUGCUCAUCCUGCCGACCGGCACCGGGGAACGUCUACUAUGAAUAGGCAUUUCUUACAGGCCGCUACCUGUCAAAAGCGAAAGACUAAAACACAUGAUAUCAGAAAGAUGAUCUCGAAUGGGGCAAACCUUCCGUCUCGCAAAAAGGUCUUUUCACCAGGAGCUUGGAUGGAUAGGUUAACUACCUUUAUUGUUGCUUUACGCCUACCAUUUCAGCUCGUUGAGCACCCUGAAUUUCGCGCCCUUAUCGAAAUAGCUUCGUCUGCCCCAACUAUCCCUGAAAUUCCUGGUGCUAGGACUAUCCGUCGGCAUCUUCAGGAGACAGUCAGGGAACGUCAGGAUUCUCUACUGCAAACAUUCCCAGAGGGCGCCAAGCUUUCUAUAGCAUUAGAUUGCUGGACCUCCCCUUUUCGCCAGGCUUUUAUGGCAGUCACAGGCUACUUUAUUGACCUUGAGUGGAACUACCGUGAGAUCUUACUCGGCUUUGAACCUCUACGUGGCUCCCAUACAGGCGCUUAUCUAAGUAGUGUACUACUUGAGUUACUUGAGAAGCACCAAAUUACCAACCGCGUGCUUACGAUCACUACUGAUAAUGCAUCGAAUAACGAUACAUUACUGACUACUCUCGAAGAGGCAGUUUCGUCUCUUGAGCUGCCUAGUCAUAUACCGAUUAUUCGUAUACCAUGUAUUGCACAUGUUAUACAGCUCAGUCUCAAGGAGCUCCUUGGUCAGAUGGAUGCGAACCCAUUGAAUGAUAGGGAAGAGAUGGAAUGGGCCGAUCAGAGAUAUAGCGCCCGGCAAGAGAACAGACAGAUUGUGCAAACCCUGAAUAAAGUUCGGAAGAUUGCAGUCUAUAUCAAUAAAAGCCCCCAGCGCCGCGAGAGCUUUAUCGGACUGCAGACAAAAGAACCGAAACUUAUGCCAAUCCAAGAUGUCCGAACACGCUGGAAUUCCACAUUUCUUAUGCUUCGGCGCGCACGUCGGCUACAGACUACAUUUGAUGGAUUUUGUGCACAGUUCAAUCUGACGGAUAUGAAGAUGGAUAAAGAUGAAUGGCGACAGGUUGACUAUCUACUGUCAAUUACCUAUCCCUUCUUUAAAUUCACUUCAUCUUUAUCAGCUACAACUGAUGCAAAGGCGCAGCUAGCACGAAAGAAAGUCGGGUGGAAGAAGGUAAUGAAGCUGGCGCUAGAGCAUGGGCGCGAUAAGCUUACGGAAUAUUACGGCAGGACUGAUGAUAUUCCAAAUGAUCUCUAUGCAAUUGGAACUAUCUUAGGUCCCCGCAAUAAGCUUGAAUUCUUCUUAACACCAGAAUGGGAGACACACUGGGCACCGCGGUAUAAGCAGUCCCUUGAGACUUAUGUCCAGCCUUACCAGCAGCGUCAUAUAGAGGCACAGUCAAUAUCAACUAUCCAGUCAAUGAGCAACGAUAUUUCUGACAUUGAUAUCCUUCUGAGACCUACUAAAUCUCUCCAGUCAAGACCGACGACCACUUCAGAUGAACUCACAAGGUAUCUUGGAAGUAGUACUGUCCAAUCAACACCACUAGUAUUCUGGAAGGCUCAUGAGGCAGAGUAUCCUAUCCUCGCAAGCCUUGCCCGAGAUAUCCUUACAACUCCAGCUAGUGGCUCUGGGGUAGAGAGGCUUUUCAACUCUGCUCGCGAUAUAUGCCACUAUCGCCGGGGAUCGUUAAGACCACAGACUAUUCAAGAUCUAAUGAUGUUUAUGUGUACAACAAGAUUUGAUAUCCAGUCGGAGCAGCUUGCGCUAGUGGAUGAGUUUCUCUCCACCCAAGAGAGGCAUACAAAGAAGGAGCAGGAUGAUGCUGAGCAAGAGACUAAGGAGUAUGAUCCUAUCAGCGAUGAUGAGGAAGAUCCUAUAAUAGACGCUUCCGUUGAAGUAUCUAUUGAGCGACCUAGUUUACGCGCGCUAGGGAAAAGAAGGGCUGUUGAUGAUCAGCUUACUGAGCCAGAUGAUGAUGAGAUCCCUUUACCUGAUUUUGAUAUCCAGAGGCGUUCAUCAGGGCGGAUUCCAAAGAGAUUGAGAUAUGAUGAGGAUUUUGUAUAUAAUUAG